AUGGUCUACCGGGGCCAAAAUCUGGGGGAGCUGGUGCUCCUCGGAAGAGUCAUCUUUUCUCUCAUCGUCACUUUGCUCAUUUUGAGCUACGUUACCGUCGGCCUGAGGUUAUGGGUCCGGUAUCGCAUCACGAGGUCUCCUGGUUGGGAUGAUGCGGCCAUGGUGGCUACGCUUUUCUUGUUUAGUGCGUAUUGUGCGUUUAUCCUCGCUAUUGCUCGUCGGACAAAGAGAGCGGCGUACAAGCCUUAUGAUGAAGAUGAUGUUCGGUUGAGCUUAAUUUUCGUCCAACUCUCCGAAGUCUUCUACAUCCUCACAACCACCCUCCUAAAAGUCUCCCUCGGCCUCUUCUUCCUCCGCGUCCUCACAAAGAAAUGGCAAAAACUUAUCUUCCACAUCGCCCUUGUCAUAUCCACUAUCUACGGAUUCCUCUACGUCUUCGUUGCCCUCUUCCAAUGCGGCGACCCCACUCGUCUGGCUGACAACCUCUUACACCCCUCUUCCCCAAACUGCCUGCCAUCGGCUUUCCUCAUGUGCACGGGCUACGUGUACGGCAUUAUCAAUGUGAUAGCGGACUGGACGUUUGUGCUAUUGCCGGUUAGUGUGCUCAUGGACAGUGAUUUGGAUAGACGGUCCAAGAUUAGUGUCAGUAUUGUUAUGUGUCUGGGAGCCGUAGGCAGUGUGAGUUCAGUACUGAGAAUGGUUUACUUGAGUGGGUUGGAGCUCCAGAGCGUGGGCUUGGUUUCUGUCAUAUCCCGCAAAGUAACAAUCUGGGCCACCGCCGAACCCGGAACCGGUAUCGUCGCUGCUUCCGUCGCUAUCCUGCGGCCCCUUGUCCGCAAAAUGGCUGCCGAUGUGCGCGAAAAGGCAAAAAUGCAUUCGCGCAAAGGGAGCCAUCAAUCUGAUGAUACUAUUCGUCUGACACGUCGGGCGUCUUUCACCCCACCAUUCAAGAAGAAGCCAGGCAUGUACAGCUUAAACAGCGAGGACGACGAGAAUCCAUGGAGUCCGACGUUGAUGGCUGAGGAGCGUGGUAUGGGCGGUGACGUCAUGCCGAAGAUGAUUGUAGUCAAGGGAAUGAUGAGUCCAGCGAUUGGGCCAAAGGCCAUGCCUGAUGAUAUUGUUUGA